GUUCCCUCUGAUCAAGGGGACAUGGCUCUGAAGAUGAUGAGGCUGGUGACUCAGCAGGAGUAGCUGAGCUGAGCUGGCUGGGCCUGGAGACGCUGGAGCAGAGCCUGGGAUGCAGACGCUCAUGCAGCAAGUACUGUUCUUCCCUGACCCUAAUGUGGGACAUGACUGUGAGGGCUCAUAGCAUCUCCCACACACCAUAAGAUUGUGGCUCGUGUGUCAACUUGGAAAUCAUCUCUGAGUCUUAAAAAGUGUUAAAUUUUUAAAAUUGGACUUAUUUUAAUCAAAAUGAAGAAUUGCAAUAGAUCAGCUUCUAUUAUAAGCAAAUGAUAGCUCUUGCCUGUAAAUCCCAACACUUGAGAAGUGGAAACAAGAGGACCGGAAGUUCAAGGUCAUCCUCAACUACACUGUAAAUUCAAAGCUGGCCUGCGGUAAUGAGACCCCAUCUCGAAAAAAGAAAAUAUGAUUUGUAGAAAAGAAAGUGGGAGAAACACAUAGAAAAUAACCCCCAGAGCCUGUGCCUGAAGGUCUUUUAUCUGCCAUAUAUACGUAUAUAUUUUUUACAAAAAUGCAAUCAGCACUCUAUGUUAUUUUGCUGUAUACUUUGUUCACGUGUCAACAUGUCUUACACUGAUUUUCCUGCCAGUAAAUGUUCUAUGAUAUUUUUAA